AUGCUCAUCACAUCAUCCCAGGCCUCAGUAGCACUGACGGCAAUGAUAGUCGUCGCCUGUACGCUCGCGCUCUUCCUAUCCGGCUACGCGAUCCAGCAACGGACGCUCCGCGACCUCCGCGCCGCCAUCAAGCCGGCGCCCCGCCCAUCGCCCCAGGUCUUCAUCCAAGAGAGCGCCGGGUGGCAGGCCGCCGCGGCCAAGGGGGAGUUCGACGACAGCGAACUCGAGAGCGGCGGCAGCGGCAGCGUCGCCGAUGACAACGCCGACGGCCCCGUGGUCGAGGUCAAGCUCAAGGACAGCAGCAGCAGCAGCAGCAGCUCCAUGUUUUCCAUGUUUGGUGCUGGCGGGUCCAAAGGUGCCGCCGCCGUGCAGAAGCCGCUGAGCAGGGUCGAAAGGAGGAGGAAGAUCAAGGAGGAUAUUAAGAAGCUGUCGCAGGGCGAGUCGCCCGUGUACUACCAACGGCGGUUAUGGUGA